AUGCAACGCGCCCAAUCCCUCGGCAUUGACGCAUUUGCCUUAAACAUCGGAGUGGACUCCUAUACGGACCAGCAGCUUGAACUUGCAUAUGAAUCAGCAGCUAAUAACAACAUGAAAGUCUUCAUCUCAUUCGAUUUCAAUUGGUGGAAUACCGGCCAAGCCUCCGCCAUCGGCCAGAAAAUUGCCCAGUACGCCAACAAGCCGGCCCAAUUAACAGUUGACAACAAGGUGUUCGUGUCGUCUUUUGCUGGUGAUGGGUUGGAUGUGGGAGCGCUCCGUGCAUCAGCAGGAAGAGACAUUUUCUUCGCUCCGAAUUUCCAUCCUUCUUACGGAACCGAUAUCAGCCCUGUGGACGGGUUGCUGAAUUGGAUGGCCUGGCCGAACAACGGCAACAACAAAGCUCCUACAUCGGGUCAGAAUGUCUCAGUUGCUGAUGGGGAUUCCGUUUAUAUCAAUGCCCUGAAAGGCAAGGCUUAUAUUGCGCCGGUUUCGCCAUGGUUCUCCACUCAUUUCGGGCCCGAGGUCUCAUACAGCAAGAACUGGGUGUUUCCAAGCGAUCUCUUGUGGUACAAUAGAUGGAAUGAUGUUCUUGCGCUUGGUCCACGAUUUAUCGAGAUAGUGACCUGGAAUGAUUACGGAGAGUCCCACUAUAUCGGCCCCCUGAGCUCUCCUCACACAGACGAUGGAUCCUCCAGAUGGGUCAAUGAUAUAAGGCCCCAUGACGGUUGGCUCGAUAUGGCCAAGCCCUUCAUCGCCGCGUUCAAGGAUGGUGCUACGGUCGUGGACGACUACAUCACUGCGGACGAAUUGAUCUACUGGUAUCGACCAGCUCCACGCAACGAAAAUUGUGACGCAACAGACACCUGCAUGGUCCCUGCUAACAACGGCAGUGGGAACUACUUCAUAGGGAGGCCUAACGGUUGGGAGUCCAUGCAGGAUUCUGUUUUUGUCGUUUCACUAUUAACGAGCCCCGCCACAAUUCAGGUAAAUAGUGGAGGUAGCGUGACGGAAUAUGAUGCUCCUGCGGGAGCAUUCGCGCAGGCAAUCCCAAUGAACAUUGGGGUACAGGCAUUCGCGGUCUCAAGAAACGGACAAAAUAUUCUGUCUGGGACGAGUUUGAAGUCAAUCAUCGAUGGAUGUGGACGGUUCCCCCCCACGCCGUCAACCACCACCACGACGAGUAUUACUGGCCCCACAACCACUAGUAUCCCUACCACUCCCACUACUAGCACAACCCUUACCACCACUACUGGCAGCGUCCCCACAGGAUGCCCGACAGGCGUUACAUCUACAGUAAUAUUCACAGUGACUAACCCAGUCACUACCAUUACGUCCACUCAGACGGUGACCGUGACCGAAACUGUUGGAAGUGGUGGCGGAUCUGGUGGAGGUGGAGGUGGAGGUCAACCAGGCGGGGGCGGCUCAGGAAACGUUUGUGUUGCAGGAACAGGACCCGGUAACUACGUCGGUCUCUGCAAUUUCUGCUGUCGCUAUGGCUACUGCCCACCCGGCCCUUGUACGUGCACGCAGUACGGGCCACCUAUAUCUGCCCCACCGACCACAGGAUGGAAUGGGCUCCCACAGUGGGGAGAGGAUAGUUCGUACCUUGGGCUUUGCAGCUUUGCCUGUAAUCAUGGCUACUGUCCUUCGACUGCGUGCCGAAUCGAGUAA